AUGCAUGCAUUUGCAAUGGCUAGUCACUGUAGAAUAUGUUCAUUGGUAUUAGUGCUGCAGCUAUUACACAUUUAUUCUCUGGGAAUUUGUGGAUUUAAACAUCAAACAGGUAAAGACAAUGUAACUUCCCCUACCAAUGGCAAGCUAUUUCCUUGGAAUAAGAUGAGGCUUCCUGAUACGGUAGUCCCAAUCCAAUAUGACCUCUGUGUUCACCCUAAUCUUACUACUGUACAUUUUACUGGACUGGAGAGGAUAGAGAUCUUUGUGAGAGAGAAUACUAGAUUUAUCAUCUUGCACAGCAAAGGCCUUGAAAUCACCAGUGCAGUUCUUCUGCCCAAAGAUGACUUGGGGUCCAGUAAACCAGGAAAACAGCUUCAAGUUUUAGAACAUCCCGCACAUGAGCAAAUUGCCCUGCAGGCUCCGGAAGUAUUAACAGCUCGCCAGCGGUUCCUGGUUGUCAUAGAGUUUCAUGCAAGACUGGCAGAUGGCUUUGAUGGAUUUUACAAAAGUACUUACAAAACUCGUGAUGGGGAAACAAGGAUAAUAGCUACUACGGAUUUUGAGCCUACCUCAGCAAGAAUGGCUUUUCCAUGCUUCGAUGAACCAUCUUUCAAAGCCAACUUUGCCAUCACGAUAAGGAGAGAAAGAAAACACAUUGCAUUAUCCAACAUGCCAAAGAUUAAAACAAUUGAACUCGAAGGAGGCCUGUUGGAAGAUCAUUUUGAUGUGACUGUGAAAAUGAGCACUUACCUUGUAGCCUACAUAGUUUGUGAUUUUAAGUCUGUGCAGGCCACAACAUCAUCAGGAAUCAAGGUAUCCAUCUACGCAUCACCUGACAAAUGGAGUCAGACACAUUAUGCCUUAGAAGCAGCAGUGAAACUACUGGAAUUUUAUGAGAAGUACUUUGAUAUUAGCUUUCCCUUACCAAAACUGGAUCUUGUUGCUAUCCCUGAUUUCCAGUCAGGAGCCAUGGAAAACUGGGGUCUCAUCACAUAUAGAGAGACUUCACUGCUCUAUGAUCCCAAGACCUCCUCAGCAUUCGACAAACUGUGGGUCACAAAGGUGAUAGGCCAUGAGUUAGCUCAUCAGUGGUUUGGUAAUCUGGUUACUAUGGAAUGGUGGAAUGACAUUUGGCUAAAUGAAGGUUUUGCCAGAUUCAUGGAAUUGGUUUCUGUUAGUGCUACGUACUCAGAGCUGCAGAUUGAGGAUUACUUUCUGAAUGUAUGUUUUGGUGCAAUUGCAAGGGAUUCAUUAAAUUCAUCUCAUCCGAUCUCCAACCCAGCAGAAACUCCUACUCAAAUAAAGGAAAUGUUUGAUACUGUGUCCUAUGACAAGGGAGCUUGUAUUUUGAAGAUGCUCCAAGAUUUCCUAUCUGAGGCCGUGUUCCAGAAAGGAAUAAUUCACUACUUGAAGAAGUACAGCUAUAGGAAUGCAAAGAAUAAUGACUUGUGGAACAGCAUGGCCAAUACUUGCUCUGAAAGUCACUUCUCUUCUGGCAACUUUUGCUAUACAGCUUCCAGGCCCCUUAGCAGCACAUUCAGUCGUACGGGGAAACUUACGGAGAUCGAAGAGAUGAUGAACACUUGGACACUUCAGAAAGGGAUCCCACUGGUUCUUGUUAAAUUCGAAGGAAACACCUUAAGAUUGCGACAGGAGCGCUUCCUUAAGGGUGUUUUUGAAGAAGACCCUGAAUGGGCUAACCUGCAGUCAAGGUAUUUUUGGCAUAUCCCACUCACAUACAUCACCAGCAGCUCCAACACGGUUCACAGACACACAUUAAAAACUAAAACAGACACACUAGAACUGGAGGGAGAGGUCGCCUGGGUGAAAUUCAAUGUGGACAUGAAUGGCUAUUACAUUGUGCACUAUGAAGGAAACGGCUGGGACAACAUCAUUAAACUGUUGGAUAAGAACCACACCCUUUUCAGCCACAAGGACCGAGUGAACUUGAUCCACAAUGCAUUUCAACUGGUCAGUGCAGGAAGGUUAUCGCUGGACACAGCCCUUGAUCUGACACGAUAUCUCCGACAUGAAUCCAGUAACGUAGUACUUCUGCAAGGCUUGGGCUACCUGGAAAUGUUCUACCACAUGAUGGAGAGAAGAAAUAUUUCUGAUGUCACAGAAAACCUUAAGAGGUACAUCCUGCAGCAUUUUAAGCUAGUGAUUGACAGGCAAACGUGGAGCGAUGAGGGCUCAGUCUCUGACAGAAUGCUUCGUUCUGAUCUCCUCAGGCUUGCGUGUGACCUACAAUAUCCUCCCUGUAUCCAGAAGGCAGACAAGCUUUUCAGCAAGUGGAUGGGAUCUGGUGGGACGUUAAACCUUCCAGCGGAUGUUCUGAAGACAGUCUACGCAGUUGGAGCACAGACAAUAGCAGGGUGGAAUUAUCUACUGAAGCAGUAUAGUCUCUCGAUGUCAGGUGCAGAAAAGAACAAAAUCCUCUAUGCUUUGACAACCAGCAGGGACUGUGAAAAACUGACAAAGUUAAUUGAGCUGGGCAUGGAAGGUGAGGUUAUCAAGACUCAGGAUCUAGCAGCUCUUCUUCAUGCUAUUGCCAGAAAUCCAGAGGGACAGGGGCUUGCUUGGAAUUUUGUCAGAAAAAACUGGAACAAACUUCUUAAAAAGUUUGAAUUAGCCUCUUUUUCUAUAAGAACUAUUAUUGUUGGCACUACAUCUCGCUUUUCCUCCAAAGACAAGCUAGAAGAGGUGAAACACUUCUUUAGGUCUCUGAAGGACCAAGGAUCACAGCUAAAAAUCACUGAAGUUGUGCUGGAAACUAUAACAAAAAAUAUUAGAUGGCUGAAAAGGAAUCUCAACAGUCUAAGGAACUGGCUGCUAAAUAAUCUUUAA